GCAUUAAUACAAUCUUUAUAUAAGGAUAUAACUCAAUAUAUUAUUUGAAGUUAAGAUAUAAUGAAAAUAGUUUAAAGGUGGUCUUUCCCUGGACUUGCACAUGAAUGCCUCUCACUAUUAAUACUUUAACCCCCCCUCAACAUUAUUGUACAAAAGCACUUACAGCCAUGCUAUAAGUUUUAUAACAUUGUCAGUAUUCAUGUAUUAUCAGUAAUGUUUGGUCUUCGCUUGCAACUUGAUACAGAACAUUUAAAUAGGUAAGUAAUAAAUAAUAAUAUAUAAUAAUAAACAAGUUGGAUUCCACCAGGACAACGAGUACAAGUGAGGUGAGGUCAGGUCAAGGUGUCAAUCUGCCCAUUUCAAGAUGUUUGUGCUGUGGAUUCACAGAGUUCACAGAAAGUGGAGGGAGAGAAAGCGCUGAUGUACAGCGAGAUUGAAUGAGGGGUAAGAAGGUAGAAGGUUGGGAGGUGCUAGAGAGGUGAGGAGAGGGAGUGGUAACGGGAGAAGGAGGGAUUGGCCGUGAGGAAAAAUGAGACAGAACGAGAGGGAGAUGUCUUUGUGUAAACAGUUGUUCUCUCGUGUAAGCGGCUCCUCGUUCACCAACCAGAAGCCCCCCUGUGUGAAGGAAGUAUCACCAGGGAAACUUCGUCUCGCUGCCUCUGUGCCUGUUUUGCUCCUUUGCCAGGGUUAUUUUUAAAUUAGCAUUCGGCUUCCUGCUCAGACCAAAGACUACAAGCCACAGCAUCCCUGUUUUGUUGUUUUCAGGAUUUGCCACUUGACAAAUCAAGAAAUAAAACGCAGCAAUGUUCUCCUCUUCUCCUCUCCCACAGUUACAUUGCAAGCUCUUUGCAAAAAUGGGGGACGACCGACCUUUUGUGUGCAUUGCUCAUGGCUGUGGACAGAGGUUUACCAAUGAGGACCACUUGGCUGUACACAAACACAAGCAUGAGAUGACUCUGAAAUUUGGACCAGCCAGGACCGACUCCGUCAUCAUUGCAGACCAGACACCGACUCCCACCCGCUUCCUAAAGAACUGCGAGGAGGUCGGUCUGUUCAACGAGCUGGGCAGCUCCUUUGAUCAGGACGAUUAUGAGAAGAGAGCAAAGAACUCUCUCCCUGCUCCCAACUCUGUGGCCGUGGACAUGAGGAUGCAGGCAUCAUCAGACGUGAAGGUGAAAGAAGAGGAUCCUGUGGAGGUCGACUCCUCGCUGCCAAGCAGCCCCGACUAUUUCUCUGACGAUUCAGACAACAGCAUAGAUCCUCAGGACACACCGCCCAGGAGUUCAGCCCCCACCCCGACAAUUGUGCGCCCAGGUUCCCUCCCACUACACUUGGGCUUUGAUGCCCUUCAGCCCACCAUGCCGUCGCCCACCUCCGUCAUCACACAGACACCGCCUUCCAAUCGUACCCUGUGUUCGCCCACCAGCCACUACCCCAUGAUGAUGCUUCCCUCUGGUCAGGCAGUGCCUGUGCUCCCUGGUCCAGUACAUAUGCCUUCUGUCAUCAAUCUCGCUCGACCCAUGUGCAUGGUACCCAACAUUCCUGGGAUCCCGGGCCCUCCUCUGGGAGGCAGCAGCAGCGGCUCUAACUCCCCCUCUGGCUACAGCAUCCACUCAGAGGCCAAGAUGCGUCUGAAGGCUGCACUGUCACAGCACAGCCCAUCAGGAUACAGUAUGGGCAUCAUGUCAAUGGGCGGCAGCCCGAUGGCACCUCAGAGGGCAGAGCACAGUCAGCUGCUGGUCCAACAUCCAGAUGCACCAUCACCUGCACAACCUCAGGUAUCUCCAGCACAGCCUACAGGUGGGCGUCGGCGGCGGACGGCAGAAGAUGACCCAGAUGAGCGAAGGCAGCGCUUCCUCGAGAGGAAUCGGGCCGCGGCAUCACGCUGCAGACAGAAACGCAAAAUGUGGGUCAGCUCUUUAGAGAAGAAGGCCGAGGAGCUCUGCAACAUGAACGUCUCACUGUCGAAUGAGGUGUCUCUGUUGCGGAACGAGGUGGCUCAUUUGAAGCAGCUGCUGCUGGCCCACAAAGACUGUCCUGUGACGAAUUUACAGAAGAAGACUGCUUACUUAGUUGCAGAAGAGAGCAUGAAAGACACCUCAGAGCAGACAGGUUCCCCUGCCCCGGUGAUCCAGCACAGCUCUUUGGCGCACAGCCCCUUAGGGCACAACGGCCUGAGCUCAAGGGCAGCAGCUGAGGCCAUGGCUAUGUCUGUGCUGGCAGGAAUGGGUCAGCAUCAGAGGUCUGAGAGCGGACCCUCUCACAUUAUCAUGGCUGCACAUACUGCUGCCAGAUGAUGAGCGAUGCCACCGCGGCCCAGACUUGGCUCACACUCGUCACCCAGGGGUAGGAAAGAGCAGCGGACCCCCCCUCCCAACUUUCCCUGGUCUAGAAGUCCAAAUUUCUCAUCUUCCCCUUCCCCCUUCGCUGCACUCCUCUGCUCUCGCUGACCCUCCUGCGGAGCCAUCAUGCUGCGGCCUGGAGCUCAGCAACAGCCUUCUGGGAAUGGACUGAGACUUUUGAGAGAGCUUCCUGUUCACUUUGCCAUAGACUACAGGGGCUGGACUCCAACCUCCCAUCGUCGUUUCCCCUCUGUGCUUCCCCGCUCAUCUCUCCUCACCCUCAGUCAAAAUGACUCUUCACUGGACUGCAUCGCUCUAAGUGUACUGCCGUAAUGAACCUUCCACGUGGACGCGUGCGCACAGUUUCUAACACACAGGUGUUGCAUAAACAUUGCCGAUCAAAUCAGAUACCAAACAACACGCAGGGCUUUACACUGUUUUCAGCAGGGAAUUGUGCCUUCUGCUCCUCGACUUUUUAGCCAUGCACACACCCACACACGCCAUCACUGCUUACAUCCUUGGCUCCAAAGAUGCAGUAGUUGUCUAGACGUCAGUGACUCAGAUCUCAAACAAAACCGUUUGUAAAUGGUUCCACCUCAAUGUGAUCUCAACAUGGACCCAAAAACCUUACCUCAAUUACUCCCCUUUAUGAUAAAAUUAAUAAACUGUGUGUGAUUAGUUCUGUGCGUAUAUAUUCAUGUACUUCAGAACAUAGCAGUUUGCCUACUCCUGAUCUGAUUCGUUAAUAGCUGGAUUGUUAGCAUGUGACUUUUUCUAUUAGGGUGUUAUGUUCUUGAUACAGCUUUGUGCAGCUAUAUAUUUUUUUUUAUGAAUUGGCACAUCCUCCCAGAUAAAUCCACGGAACCAAAAUAUGUUGGAUUGACAGUGUAUUAUCUUUAAAUUCGUUUUUUUUUUGUUUCUGAUCUGAAGGGAAUUCAGCCUCUCCCCUCCUCACUUUCCUCUAGAACAGGCGGUUUUGCUGUUUACUGGUUUGUAAGUGGAUGCCUUUUCCAUUUUAUAUGAGAUGUUCUAGUGGCUGUGUUUCUCUGUGUGGGCCCUGGACUUACUGUAACUGUUAUUUUCACACUUCUCAGGAUGGUUGCACAUCCUUGCUGCUCGUUGGAAGUGCGAUGAACCCCUUAGUCUCUCUGCUCUUUACCAAACCUAAACAAAGCCAUAAUGACUACAAAUCAGAUAUCUGAAUCUCCAAAGACCACCUUGUACUUGUUCUGGGGGCAGGAAGUAAAUAGCCUGACUGUUAUGUUGUGAUUCAGAGGUCACGGUGACACAAUCUACAGUAUAUCGCUGCUUGUUACUUGCACUUACACUCUCUCACACACACAAUGUCUCAUAAUGUUUGCCUUAAGAUCACAUUGGUGCCUCCGAUAUCCCUCAAAAAAAACCACAGGUUUGCUCGGGGGAGAAAAUGGAGCCUUAAAAAAAAAUAUUUGUCUUAAUUUGUUAAUUUCAUCUAAUGAAAGAAAAACAAUGAAGAACAAAAAAAUGACUAAUUGAAGAUUCCUCAAAGUCUUUAAAAUAAAUGGUUCAUUCAACCGUUUCUCUUUUCAGUGACUAGAAGGAUCCAACACGCGUCUGUCAUCUGGUGGAGGGACACAGCAAAGACAUCUUCGCUGGUGAAAAGCUUUGAGAGGAAACAUUCGGAUGUAUUGUGACUGAAAGCCUUCUUUAGAAAUCCCACUAAGAUAUCAGUUUAUUUUUUACAUAAACACCUAAACAAGCGGUUCGCUUUUCUUGUUGUCUUCCUGUAUAUUGUUCUCCGCUUAUUUGUCUGAUAUGAUCAUAUAUUUGCAAGAUGUGAUAUUUCAAAAACAAGAUAUCUGUCCAUUAACACAAGGGCACGUCUUUAUGCACUAAAAGAAUGCAAGUUUUUUGUUGCUUUGUAUUUCUGUUCAUUUAAACUUCUCUUGUCCUCGUGGUCUUUUUCAGUGAUAUCAGAUACAUUUCUUUUUUUUUUAAAUCACAUUUUCUCCUGUCUGUACUGUAUACGUUAAUGGGAAUUUGCUCAGCAACUUUCAAACCUUUCACCUUUGACUGAACCUCCUGUCCUACAGUCCCAAUGGCGACCCCGGCGUUGUGUUGUACUUCGGAGCUGGCGCUAUAUUUGCCUGGCAGUCGCUUAUAGACGAUUGUUCAUAUGAAAUGAAAAGUCAAACUAUAUUUAGCUUUCAUGAUUUCAUGUAAUGUCAUUGGCACCUUUUCUGUCAUUUCUUGUUUUCUUUUGUUGUGUGCUGUUUUCAGCACUUUCCAACCUUUGUCAUAACGCUUCUGAUUGUACUGAUGACUAUAGAAACAAAUUUCUUUAACACACAGAUUUCUUUUUGUUUGGUUUCUCUACACAAAAAUGUCAUUAGUCCCUUUUUCAAAAAGUGAUUUUGAUCCUCUUUGUGAUAUCUUUAAAGACAAAUUUGGUCGUGUCCUUCUAACUUAUUUUUCUAAUUGGUCAACUAACAAUCGUCAUUACAGUCCUCGGCAUAUUAAUGCUACUUAGAAUUGUUGUGAAAAGAGCAAUCUAAUGGAAAAUGCAACAAGGUGAAAGUUGCACAUAGUAUAUUAAUGGUUUUUCACACUCCCAUUGUUCGACUGAUGAUUUAAAAAAUGGUCCUUGUACUGUACAUAUCUGUACUAUAUGAAUAUAUUUACUUUUCCAUGCAUGUCCAAGUGGAAUACUAUGAACACUUACAGUGCUGCAGUUUUAAUUAAAGAAACUACAUCUUAAUGAACAUUUAUAAAGUUUGUUUGUUGUCAGUUUAAAUUCACAAUGACUAAAAUAUGUUUUAUGUCAAAUUGCUGUAAUCUUACAUAACAACUGGAGACGUGGUCAGUUUGUGGUAGAAUGUGGUAGUCAGUGUAUUUGAAUAUGAGAGAAUAUACUUUAUGUAAGGACGUUGUACCGUCUUGUUCAUAAGUUGUCUGUACCUGGUGUUCAUGGACUGACAUGAUUGUGUUGUUACUGGUAGAGAGGAGCAAAGAUAACUAACUACUCCAACUCUGGUUCCUGUACUUGAAUAUUUCUUUCUUCUACUUUUAAAAUACACUCUGAAAUGCUUUAGCUUCCUUUGAAACAGGGCCUUAGCUGCCAUUGAGGACACUGAGGUCAUGUCCUCUGUAUUUUUCUGGUACUUUUGGGCAUGCGGCAACCUGAGGUCAUAUUGUACAAUUAAAAACAUACACAUUGGGA